AUGCUACCAAAAGAAGACAAAGUAAAUUCGAAUCAUUUUAAAGGAGUUAAUGAUGCUCACAAAACAUCGUUGUAUAAGCGUCUUUCAUCAUCAGUCAUUCCUCCACUCACUUUUCUAAAUCAGAAUCCGGCAUCUCCUAAUAAUGAAGAAGUACCGGGCAAUAAUGAAGCCAAUAAAGAUGAGAAGACAUUUAGUGAUGAUGAGGAUAUCGCUCAUCCCAUCGGAAGUGUGGGGUCUCUGAAUAACUUUUUAAGUUUCCUAUAUGCUGGUAUGGGCAAAUUGAGUGAUCUAAAAGGAAACGAUGCAAGUAAUGCCAAUGAAGCAAAAGACCUGAAACUUAAUGAUAAUUUAAGGCUGUCCAGAAAUGAACAAGCUAAUGAGCCAGAAUAUCGGAGAGAGUAUAAACUAGACUAUGACAUUGACGAGAGUGAAGAGGAUGAUAUUGAGAGUACUAGAGACGAGAACACUUUAAAGCCGAAGACCGAAGACACAAGUGUACAUUCUAAAUUAGAUCCUGAAGAACGCUUGGAAAACGUGGUUAAUAUGCUAUUUGAUGAUCAUGACGAAUCAACAACUGCUUUGGCAUCAGACCCUUCUAAGGGCACUGUAUUUCAACAAUCAGUUUUGAAAAACUUUGAUCCCUUUCGUAUUCAACAAACUGAAUUAUUGAAACUAAAAGACAUUACAUUAUCCACAGAAGAAGAUGAAUCUGAAGAACAAAAACUUAAGAAGAAAUUCUUCCGGUUGAAAGUAGCGGAUAAGUUGAAACGAGUAUUCGAAUUAAAUGAUGAUGACUAUUUUUAUGGUAAUUAUAAUGUAUGGCUCGUUAGAGAUGUUUUGUUACAAGGUCACAUAUACUUGACUAAGGAAAGCAUUCUUUUUUUCACAUUUCUUCCUAAGAGACAUAAUACGAUAAGUGCAUCAAAAGGUACUACAGGUGGAUUCCAACAUCACGAUGACUCCCAUGAUGUGAUUCAGUCUGGAUCAUUGGGUAUGAAAACAGCACUAUAUGGGGAUACUGUUUUCAGUACCCCACUAACUCAUAGGUUUUGGGUCAUCUUGAGAAAUGAAACUAUAACUGUGUAUCAUUCCCCAACAGAUUUAUAUUUUCCGAUUACUCUUAUUGACUUAAAGUCAUGCGUUCGUGCAGAAGUUAUUGAAAAAGGAAGGAAUGAUAAUGCGUCGCCCAGACCUGACUUACAUCGUAAUGAUUCACAGGAAGUCUCUUCAGGUGAUGAAGAAGUUGAAUUUUCCAAUAUGUUGAAUUCUAAUUAUCAGUUGGAGGAUAAUUCCGAAAAUGUAAGUGGUGGUUACUGGUUUAAAGUGGUGACGAAAAAGAAGACUCAUAAGUUCCAUUCGGAUAGUUUGUACUCAGCCAGACAAUGGGUUAAUAAUAUAGUUAAGGUUGUAUUUCAAUUGCAUAACUCAAAUGCAAACAACGAAGUUAUCAUGAAGAUCCCUAUAAAUGAUGUUCUUAGCUUCGAUCUUAAUGAAGUUUUUGGAGCGUCUGAGAAAAAUUCAGACUCGAAUGGGGGUGAAGAAAAGCCAAAAGUAUUGAAUGUGAAAUAUCUAGAGAAUGGCUCUAAAGGAAGGUACGCGCUACUGGCAAGCAGAAUGAAAAAAGAGUUAAAGAAUAAAACAAAGAAGAAAAUGAAGAAAAACUCUGGCAAUGAACCUGAUGAAUUACUAUCAGAAAAUACUUAUUUCCUUCUAUUUAAAGACGGUGAUGAAGUAUUUAGCACGCUUAAUGAAAUUGUGAAUGAAAAUCAUCAUAGUUCAAAUAUCUUCCGAAAUAGGCAUAACAGUAUAAGCAAAAAAUACACCAGUGAAAAGGGAUCCAAUUGGAAUAGGCCUUUCACUCACAAGGAUGAGGAAAUUCAUAUACCGAGAGCUAUCUCCACGCUUACAACCGAUCAUUUUCAGAAUAGUAUUAUAGAUCAAAUUGAAGAGGCGAGCCAUAGGAAUACUCAUACACAAAAUACAGACUUGGCAUCACCUAGAUCUGAAUGUGGAUUGACGCAUUCAGUAUCAACCCUGCCACAGUCGAAGAUAAGGAAAUUCGGCAAAACAUUAAUUACCCCCUCGAAAAUAUUUUCGAACAAAAGUAGAACAGAAUCAGAGAAAUCAACACCAGAUCGCUCUCAGACUACUUCUCCGGUUCAAGGAAUUAAUUUAUCAUUAUCAGGUUUGAAAGAUUUGAAUAUGGCUUUCGAGGCUUCGCAAAAAAAUUACGAAGUUAGUUGUACUAGAUAUAGUCAUACAGAGGAGAAUAGCACCAAUAGCCCAUCGAAUUUUCAAAAUAAUACGCUAUCUAAAGCAGAUGCAUUAUCACCCCAAAUAAAGUCACCUCAACCGCUUGAAGCAGGCCCUUUGAAUCUUACUGACCCUUCCGAAUAUGAAGAUAAUAAAAAGAAGAACAGUACAUUGUCAUCGAUCGGCAAAAGUAUUAAGGCUAUGUCAUCAAUAAGGAGUAAGUUGGCUGCUGUUAAUCAUUAUGAACAGCUUGAUGAAAACGAUACUUACUUCAUACGAGAUGUUUCAGCAAGGGAGGUAGACACAAGACAUUUUCAAGAGCGAUUUUCAUUUAAUAACAAAAAGCAGUUGAUAGCUUCCUAUCAUUGUCAUAUUAUAAGAGCAGUUCCUGUGUUUGGUAAGGUAUAUUUAGGUGAUAGUGAAAUAUGCUUUAGAAGUAUGUUACCUGGGGUUUCAACAAGAAUGAUUUUGCCAUUAAUUGAUGUCGAUACAUGCUCUAAGGAGAAAGGAUCAAAUAUAGCUUAUUCUGGUUUGGUGCUUGUUAUUCGUGGAUAUGAUGAGCUAUUUAUGGAAUUUAGUGUUCAGAGUGCUAGAGAUGAUUGUUUAGCUAUGAUAUUACGACAAUUGGAAAAAAACCGUGAAUCUGGAAACGAAUCAUCGGACGACAAUAAAAGUGCUCAACAUGGCAAGUCUGGAUGUUUCCAAAAGACCCCUUCUUCCGCGGAAACUACCAAGUCUUCAAAUGAAAUCAAAUUAGCGCAAUGGAGAAUUGAAAAUGCAAGGUUAAAGUUAUUUGAAGACAAAAUUAAUGCUGCAGCUGGUCUACAUGUGCCAAUUGUUUUAGAAGAUUCUCCAUUCUAUAAGACGGAAAUACGGCCUUCUACUUCCUUUAAUUUUACAUUAUUAACUAUUGGAUCACGAGGAGACGUACAACCUUACAUAGCAUUAGGCAAAGGGCUAUUGAAUGAGGGUCAUAAUGUAACAAUUGCCACACACUCUGACUUCGAAGAAUGGAUUGUAGGACAUGGCAUUAAAUUUAAAACAAUUGCAGGAAAUCCAGUUGAAUUGAUGUCAUUGAUGGUAACCCACGGGUCAAUGUCUCUCUCGUUUCUUAAAGAAGCAAGCUCCAAAUUCAGAGGUUGGAUUCAGGAAUUAUUAGACACUAGUUGGAAGGCUUGUCAAGGGAGCGAUAUUUUGAUUGAAAGCCCAUCAGCCAUGGUGGGUGCGCAUAUUGCAGAAGCAUUAGGUAUUCCUUACAUAAGGGCGUUUACAAUGCCAUGGACUAGGACCAGGGCAUACCCACAUGCGUUUAUUGUACCCGAUAAAAAGAAGGGUGGCUCGUAUAAUUAUAUUACACAUUUAAUGUUCGAGACAGUUCUUUGGAAGGGAAUCAGUAGUCAGGUCAAUAAAUGGCGUAGAGAACUGUUGGGAUUACCAAGAACCAAUUUGUACAGACUUGCACAAUAUGACAUACCGUUUUUAUACAACAUCUCACCUACAAUAUUCCCACCUUCUGUUGAUUUUCCAGAUUGGGUCAAAGUUACUGGCUACUGGUUUCUAGACGAAGGAGCGGCUGAUGAUUUUGAACCUCUGAAAGAAUUGGUUGAGUUUAUGAAUAAGGCAAGAGCAGACGAUAAGAAGGUUGUUUACAUUGGGUUUGGUUCUAUCGUGGUGGAAGAUGCCAAGAGCCUUACAAAGGCAAUAGUCGAAGCUGUUCUCAAUGCAGAUGUUCGCUGUAUCUUGAACAAAGGUUGGUCGGACAGAAACUCUAGCCCCGCAAAGGACAAUGCGGAGCCAGAAGUUGAACUACCAGAGGAAAUUUACAAUUCAGGAUCUAUUCCACACGAUUGGUUAUUUCCAAAGAUAGACGCGGCUGUUCAUCAUGGUGGAUCUGGUACAACUGGUGCUACAAUGAGAGCUGGUAUUCCCACUAUAAUCAAACCAUUUUUUGGGGAUCAAUUCUUCUAUUCUUCAAGGAUCGAAGAUAUUGGCGCUGGAAUUGGGUUAAAGAAGUUAAAUGCUCGUUCAUUGUGCACUGCAUUGAAAACUGCAACAUCGGAUGCAAAAAUGAUUACAAAGGCAAAGAAAAUUAGCGAAAGAUUGAAACAAGAGAAUGGUGUUUUGAAUGCAAUUGAAGCCAUAUAUUAUGAACUAGAAUAUGCAAGAAGUUUAAUACUUGCUAAACAACAUGAAAAUACCAAGCAUGACCUCAAGUCCGGUACCCAAACACCUGUUGUUAAUGAAACAAAUGAAUAUUUCGAUAGUGACACAUAUGACGCAGACCACGAUUCAGAUAAGGAAUCAGACCACGAUCAGACAUAUGAACAGGAUAAUCAUAGUGAUUAUGAUGUUGCUAAUGACGACAACAUGACCGAAAUUGUAGAACCUAGUCUUGAGGAUGGCAAUGAUACUGUAAGAAUCGCACCUGAUAGUGGAAAUGAUAACACUACCGUUACAGAUGCUAACAAAUAA